ACCCCCCCUCCCCGGUUGCCAACUCCCGCCCUUCCCUCCCCCCGCCCCCCCGCCAGGCUUUCUUCAAUGGGCGCGUUGGACUCCCUCGCCGGAGGACCCGCGGACCCGACCAGCGCCGCCGCGCUCACCAUGCUCAACGGGGCGGGGAGCCAAAGUUUCGCCAAGGAGCCGCCGGACUUGCAGGGCGCGGCGACGACCAAAGAGCCCGGCGAGUUCAAGACCGGCCUCCCCCCGGAACGCUUCUACGUCCCGGAAUCUCCCGGGCCGGACGGGCGCUGCAACUUGGGGCUGCCCUACAGUGGCCAACUGGUCCCAAGCGGGUUCGGGGUGGCCAACCCGGCUCCUCCGGGCAGGUUUCUGGGGCCGGCCGUGAACAGCUGCUCCUACCGAGCCCAGCCUCCCGGGCCGGGCCCUUCGUCGGCCGGGUCUCCGGGCAACCCGUGCUACCCGGUGGCCGCGGGCGAGCUCUAUUCCAGCGCGGGGGACUUGUACCCGAGCGCGCACGGCGGCGACGGCGGCUGCUACCCGUCCGCCGUCCAGCACAUGUUCCCGCGGGGGCCCCUCUACCCGGUGCCGGGCUACCAAGUGUCCGGCAAGACCCAAGUGGUCCUCAACAACUACCCGCUCUGGGCCAAGUUUCACAAGCACCAGACCGAGAUGAUCAUCACCAAACAGGGCAGGAGGAUGUUCCCGUUUCUCAGCUUCAACAUUUCUGGGCUGGAUCCCGUGGCUCAUUACAGUAUCUGUGUGGACAUUGUCUUGGUGGAUCAGCACCACUGGCGGUAUCAAGGCGGAAAAUGGGUUCAGUGUGGCAAAGCGGAAGGAAACAUGCCAGGUAAUCGGACAUACGUACACCCGGAUUCUCCGAAUACUGGAGCCCACUGGAUGAGGCAAGAAAUCUCCUUCGGCAAGCUGAAGCUCACCAAUAACAAAGGAGCAUCAAAUAACGUCACGCAGAUGAUCGUGUUACAGUCUUUGCACAAGUAUCAACCACGGCUACACAUCACAGAAGCCAAGGAGGGCGAGGUGGACGAGGUGCACUCUUCUCUCUGCACCCAGACCUUCACCUUUCCCGAGACUCAGUUCAUCGCCGUGACAGCAUACCAGAAUGCUGAUAUUACCCAGCUGAAGAUAGACCACAAUCCUUUUGCCAAGGGCUUCCGAGAUAACUUUGAUUCGAUGUACAGUGCAGCGGAGGGAGACCGUACAACCCCCUCUCCCCCCAGCUCCAGCAGCUGUCAGCAACUUCUGGCUGGCAGCCCCUUCCAACCCUUCUUACACGAUCAGUUCCCGCUAUCCCAGAGCUGCUUCUACAACAGGGAGCGUGGCCCACUCCCUUUGCAACCCAAGGAUACCCACCACUGGUAUUUUGCCUCCCAGCAGCCACCGGCCGCCUCGCUAGAAUACAGCCCCUACGACGGUGACUACAGAGGGAACAAAUUUAUGCCCUACAGCAUGAAGCCCUUUGCCUUGCAAGCGUCACCGCACUCUUCUCUGCCUUACUACCAGGAGCACCCUUUCGGGCCCCCACCGGCUUGGAGUUCUCCGUCCCAAUAUCAUCCACCCAAGCCCACACCAGGAGCGUUGAGCUGGUUCCGGCCCAUGAGAGAUUUGCAACCGGUGCCCUCUGGAGAUGAGAAAGGGAAGGACAGCGAAGGCUGGGCCGAACCGGGUUCGGUGAAAUCAGCCGAUUCCUCGGACUCCGGGUUGUACGAAGCCGAGUGUAAGCGUCGUCGGAUAUCUCCUUACAUCUCCAGUGCUGAAAGUUCGCCCCCCAUCCGCAACGGAGACCUCUACGAGAAAGAAGCCACAGAUGCUGGUUAUUGUGGCUUCUACGGGAACUGAAAGGGCGCAGAAACGCUUGAGGAUAAUGAGGGGCUUUGGGACUUGCAGUUCCCCUCGAGUCAUAUCAUUAAUAUCGAGCAAAAUAAAGGGGACACUUUCUUGCUUUGGGGAAGGUCUGCACCAUCAUGGGGCACUGCUUGGGCACAGAGUCGCAUUCUUUCUAGUCAUAUCUUCCCCUCAUGCAGCAAUAUACAGGUGCUAGUUGUCUUGUGUUAAGUAUGAUCUUACGCUGACAUUUCUGAAUAGAGAUAUCCAAGCGGACACUGAAUGGUGUGUGCACAGCAGGGCUCUCGAGUCUACUUACAUGCUUGUCCAUAAGGGCAUCUGGUCAGACAUACAGCAAUACGAGAGUAUGCACCACUCCCGUAGAAAUAUGCUAAUGUCACAAUCCUGUGAAGUGUCUUUACAUUUCUGGUCUGACCCUUGCUUGGCUUCAUGGCUAAAUAAGAACGAUAGAGCUGAAACGAAAUUUCUCACAGAUGCAAAAUCUGAAACUUCCACACUUUGCAGUUUCAACUACUUACAUUUGUCUUGGAAGGACAUUUGAAGGCAUAAUAUAUCCACUUAUCAAAUUAAUUCACCCUUAAUCAGAUAAGGAGAUCUUUCUUGGACAGUGUUGUUAUAGGAGAUUCGAUAAAUUCAAUGGGAACAGCUCUGUGAAUGGCUAUGAGCCAUACUGGAAAAAUUUAACCUCCAUGUUUAAGUUCCAUGUACGGGGGGGCGGUCCACUUCAGAGAAAAAAAGAAAGCGGGACUAUAAAUGUCUUCGGUCUGAUCCAGCAGCAUUCUUGUAUAUACAUGGAAACAGGUUUCCACAAGUAUACCACUUGCUGGAUUGGGUGCUGCAACCAUAAACAAAUGGCAGAUACUCCUACUUAGUGGGGGGGAGGGGUGUUUACACUGAAUUGCUUUCCACGAGAUGUAAGUUUAUUUGAAUGUGCAUCCCCCAGCCUCAUUCCUGCCGGUCAAGGUACACAGGGACACCUUCGUUGCAUGCCAGUAGGGAUGGAUGAGGAUCAGUACCUUUACAUUAUUGGUUCCCACCCUCCCCUUUUCAAAUGUAACAGGGUACUUAUUUGGGACUGCGCCAUUCCCGUGAGCAACAUCAAUUUACAAAAGUUCUUCCCCUCAGUGCAUUUCACUUCUGAGUUUUGCUAUCACACGUGAAGCGUCCAGGCCAAGAGAUGUUCAUGCUGAUGAAUUGGGAGUUUGGGAUAUAAAUCAGAUGUUGCUCAAGUCAGCCACCAAAUUGACCUUUGAACAUGUAACCAAAACAGCUUUAAGAAGCCUAAUGGAUUGUGUGGACAGGCCUGGUGAGCAAACAAAGAUACAUUUCUGAUCAUUUCUGUUAACACAAUUGUUCUCAGGUGCCAUUCCAAAUACGAGGGGCUCUUCCAGAGUUGCCUGGAGCACUUUGGCAGUGAUUGAAGUGUGGCAGACAAACGCAGUGUACAUACCAUAUCCGGAGUCAUGAGAGCACAUGGGAAGCUCCCUGCUUGGCAGCUCCUUCUCAAAUCUGUGCCGUUCUUUCUGGGAAUCGAAGCGACACACUGGCUGGGGAAGAAUUCGCAGCAUGGCCUUCUAUCCAACAGCCCCUGGACUUGACAUAUCAGUAUGCCACAUGUUGGGAAGGACCGCUGUUGGAGCAGCUAUCAUGCCACUAAAAAUAACCAUGGUAUAGGGCUCUAUUCGAGACCUUGUUGUGCAGAUGUCUCCUAACCGUUUGAUUCUUUGGCACCCAACAAUAGCUGAGAAUCUUACGCCACAGCCAGUGCUCCAACCUAUGCAGAAACCUAUGCAGACUUGCUGUACCAGGUGUCCCGGUUUACUGUGUGUAAGGAGGGGAUCUUGGGGUGGGGGUGGGGUGGACAGAUAAGAGGGAUGAAUUGAUUCCUUAAGAGAGCCAGCAUGGUGUAGUGGUUAA